GAAAGAUAAGUAAAAUAGCAGGAAGAGUAGAAAACAACUAAACACAGACUUUGGAUUUGCCGGUUAAUAAUUAAAUAAAAUUAUCAAACCAGAAUAAUAAUAAAUAUCAGAAACUACAUAAUGGUCCUAUGUCAAUAUUUUUUAAAUAAUACUUGUCGAUUUGGCAGUAAAUGUAAUAAUGAACAUCUUGAUAUAAGGGCAACUAUUAAACAGGAGAUGGAAGCAGCUAUUAAAGGACGACAAUGGCCUUUGUCAGUGUUUGGACCUUUUAAAGAGAAAAGUAACUUAAUUCCAGAUGAAUAUGAUUUAUCGUUUGAAGAGUGUCGCCUGCAAUUCUUAGAAUCUCAAGCCCAAAACAAUUUUCAAAUUUACCAUCAACAAUUAAUGCACAAAAUUCAAGAAGCAAAUACAAGGAUGCAAUCCUUGUUGAAUGUGAACAAAGAUGUUCUGCUGGUAGCUGUGAAUAUAUACAAUAAUAAUAAUAAUGCCAACUCUGGAACGAUAUCUAGCACUAGCAAUCUUGGUUCGAACAGGGGAGUUUUUGCCGGAAAUACAAACAAUUCUUUUGGUGGUUUUAGCUCCGCUGCUUCCAUAUUUGGAGGAGGAAAAUCUUCGUCACAAAAUAGUUCAAAUGGGUCUUUUGGCAGUACAUUUUCAUCACACCAAAAUGUCAAUAAUACUAUUUUUAGUGGAGGGAAUCAAACUUCCAUGGGACUCGGAAUGAAUACAAAGUCAAUUUUUGGUGGUUCUAUUUCUAAUUGCUUGGCACCUUCCUCGUCUUCAUUAUUUGGAGCAAUUAGUACCACAGAACAGCAAAAUCCAGCAUCACUGUUCGCUCAGUCUAGCACAUUUGGUUACCAAGAACAGAAAUCAAAUGUGUUAAAUGCACCACCUGCUUUUGGUUCCUCCACUUUUGGAAAUGUGUCAAUUACACCUUCUGGACUUUUUAGUAAUGCAGCUGUUUCUAUGUUUGGAUCACAGACUGUAUCUCAAAAUUCAAAAAUUUUUGAUAACCAUUUAACAGCACAGCCAAACUUAACAUCAUCUUCAUCAUUUGGAGGUUCUUCUACCCCCUUUGCUUCUCAAUUACAGCCUACGAUUUCUCAACCAGUGUCUGCUACAAAUAUUUUUGGAAACUUAGGACAGCAGGUCUCUCAAGCAGCUCUCGCCACUGUCACAAAUCAAAUUAAUAAUUCGCAACAAGUUUCAUUUGGUUUGAAAGUACAAUCUUCAUCUUUUGAAGCAAACACAAAUCAAAUGAAUGACAUGCAAAAAUAUAAAUACGACCAAAAUGUGUACACAAAAAUGGAAGCAAUCACUUCAGAGGAAUUGGCUGCCUUUCAAGCAUCUGAAUUCAUUUUGGGCCAAAUACCAAACGUACCGCCACCAAGAGAACUAUGUUAAAGUCAAUCGCAUGUUGAUAUCGAUAAUAGUACAUAUAUUUAAUAAUUCCACUAAUAAAACAUACUUUAAGCGUAUUGACAUUUUAGAAGUAAAGAAAGGCGCUGUUAUGCUUGGUUGCGUGUCUAUCCGUCCAUAGUGGAACUUAUAAGGAAAAUUGAAAUGAAAAGAUGUAUCUAAAAUGUUAAUGCGCUCCAGUUCGUCAAAUAAUCACUAGUUAAUAAUUUUUCAUUCUUCAUUCAGAAAGAUAUAAGGUACUUACAGUUUAAAAUAAAUUUGGAGUAGCCUUAUUUUAAACAAAAAAAAAGUCUUAAAUGUAAUUAAUAUUAAGGUAAUUUCAAUUUUAUUCUGCUUAUCAUCUAUGUGGAUAAGUAGUAAAAUUUGAUUUCAUUUUUACUUGCAUGAUACUAUUUUAAGCUUUACGGUGUUUACAGUAUUUAAA